CGCAUUAAUCCCUCCUCCACAGUCCAAGGCAGGGGCCCGGACUCGCCCAGAUCGAUCUUUCUGCUUUUCGCCGUCUUGUAUAGCAAUCCGAGUACAUAAUCGCGACAUCUAACCACCAUGGCCGCCUCCUCAUCGAAGCCAUCGAGCUUCCUGCUCUACUCCUGCAUCGCCCACCGCACAACCAUCCUCGCCGAACACUCCUCCCCCGGCACAUCCUCGAGCGCCGCCUCGUCCCUCGCUUCCAUCAUCCUCCCCAAGAUCAGCCACGACCAACCGCAAAAGCUCACCUACACCCACGAGCGCCUCUUCGUGCACUACAUCGCCGACUCACCCACAACACCCAGCACCUCCGAUGACCCCCGCCAGGGCGAACCCAACUCCUACGCGCCCCUCAGCUACAUCGUCGUCGCAACCGCCGAACAAGGCCGCCGCAUUCCCUUCGCUUUCCUCCUCGAAAUCAAGCGCAAGUUCCUCACCACCUACUCGCCCUCCAGCACGGACUUCUCUGCUCUCCCGGCUUACGGCUGCGCCGCGUUCAACAAUGAGCUCCGCUCGCUGCUGCAGACGUACAAUACGGCCCCGCCGGCGGAUUCGCUGGCUUCGGCAAAGCGGGAGAUCGAUAGCGUGAGGAACAUCAUGACGGAGAAUAUCGAACGGGUGUUGGAGAGAGGUGAACGGAUUGACUUAUUGGUGGAUAAGACGGAUCGGUUGGGCGGCAGUGCGCACGAUUUUCGCAUUAGGAGUCGUGGGUUGAGGAGACGGAUGUGGUGGAAGAAUGUUAAGUUGAUGGUUUUGUUGGCUAUUGUUGUCGUGUUCUUGGUGUGGUUGUUUGUGGGAAUGGGGUGUGGAUUGCCUGCUUGGGGGAGGUGUGUUGGGCAUAGUCAGUAAGUAGGUACUUGGUGGAUAUUGGUGAUGAUGUAUCUUAUGUGUCUUCGUGGUGAUUAUGAGGUGGAGGUUCGGUUUACGAGUCUGGUUUUCGGCCUAAUUGAGCGGGACAUAUGACCUUUUUUUUUUUUUUUUUUUCUUUCUGUUU